AUAUCUUAUAACAAACGAAUGAAAAAAAUCAAUGACAGAUGUCAGAUUAGAACUUUUAUUUUAAGGUUAUAUUCUGUGGUUUAUAUACUAUAUAACAAAAUUGAUGAAAAAUAUCUUUAUAAUGAUGAAUAAAAUCUAAGCAAAACCAAAGUAUUUUGAGUAAUCAAAUAAACUUCUAUUUUAUCUAUAUAAUAAUCACAGUUGUUGCAAAAUGAACACAAUCAAGAGUAUAAUUCGUUCAGCGCCUCUUAUCCGACAUGCUAUUACGCCAAAUUACCUGAUACGGCCUCUGUCGACACCUGUGACUCCAAUAACAAAGGCAAUUGAAGAUGUGACUCCACCGGCAAUGGAACUAGACAAGCUGUACAAACGAGUAGAGUUGGAAAUGAGGGGCAUCGACCCGGCGGUGCUGCUCAGUUACUCCUGGUUUUGCGUGGCCGCAGCCUCGCAUCUGGGUAUAGAAGUCACUAAAAGUUGGGCACAAAGGAAGGCAGAUAAAGAAAGGCACACACUGCUCCGUUGUGUGCACAUUUACAAGAAAAACAAAGUCCAAUAUGAGAUUCGUACUUACUUUAGAUUCAUACAUUUACAAAGGCUCACUGGAUCCACUUGUGACACUUUUUUAGAAUACAUAGAGCGGAACCUUCCAGAAGGAUGUGCCCUUAAAGUCACCAAAGUAGAAUGUCUACCAUUGCCUGAACAUCUUACUCCACCAAAGGAGAACAAUGAAUAAUAAAUAGAAAUAGUGUUUAAUUAGAAUAAAUGGUUUAGUUGACA